ACAUAUAUAGUAUAUAUUCAAUUGCAUAUAUUACGAACUUAUGUAGAUAAGUAGGCAUUGGAAUUAGCGUUUCAUCCACUAUUUGAAUACAAUUAAAAUACCAAAGACAGGCUGGAUGAGCGGAUUGCCCUUGAGCAUGGCUCCCAGUAUAUUCUUUAUUAUAAUAUGGCGCAUCACCGUGCAAAUAAUGUAUCCAUACGGAUACAUGGACUGUUCGCUGCAGGACGCAUUGGAUAAUGAGUAUCUGGUAUGGAACAAGGGCGAUCACCGGGAAAAUCAGAUGACGCUGAUAAGGGACACCAUUCAAACCACACUCCUGCUCGUGCUAAUGAUAGAGAUGACGCUGACGUUCAAUAUUCCGUUUCCGAUAGACAUAGGCGCCGAAAUAUAGUCUUGGAUCUGAACUCUGUUCCCGUUUAUUACUAUAGAAGCUAUAUAGCUCCAGUACGUUUAUUGCCCCAUCAAAACAAGAGUGCUCAAAUAAUUUCGUCUUGGUGUAGGACCGCCAUUGUGCCAACGUUCGUCGGCUUUGUCGUUGUCGUCGCUGCACAUUUAAUCAGUAAAUUUUAUUUUUAAAAAUGGUAUUAAACAAUAUUUGCCAUAGCAAAAUGUCCGACGCUCGCAGUGCAAUAAACUUUUCAGCACUUGAGUCGUUUGCCUGACUAAAUGACUGAUUGACUGACCGACUGAUUGACUGACUGACUGACCGACCGACUGAUUGGCCGAACGCAGGAACGACUGACGUUGGAAUUUUUUUCUUUGUUUUAACUUUAACUCGACGCGAUUAUUUCGAUUUCGUGGAAGUGCGUUACUUGCGAAGGUUUGAUAGGAAUUUCAUGCGUCGUAUACAGGCUAUAUUCGUUACGAUAACAGUUCAAUCGAUUCGACUGGGAAAUGCUCAUUUCGAUUGCUCAUGACUUCUUAAAGAGGAACUUUUAUGAAAAUUGUACGCUUCUGAGAUUGGUUUUUUAGCUGAUUACAAAGCCGUAUAUGUAGAUAUAUUUAUAGUAAAUUGAAGUAUUUUUUUUAAUUUUGUUAUUUUUUCUUGUUAUAGUCAAUAUCUACCGUUCCCGAUCCUAUAGGCGAAUUUUCCGCUUUAUGGUCCGCGAUCGAGUUCAACGCUUUUAUGUUAUUUGCCAAAUGAAAAAGUAAAAACAAAUGUUUAUCUUAUAAUGCACUGGGUGGCAGUUCAGUGCAGUUCUGGCGACACGCACACAUGUGGUGCGUAAACAGGCUUUGCUUUUGGGGCUUACACUUCAGUGCUUAUUUUUCCUUUUUUAACUUGGCAAAUAUUGUUAUCAUCGAAAAAAGAAAACACCCGGUACAAAAUAAGCAAUAAAGUGGGGAGGCUUGUCACUUUUAGGUCGCAAAACUAUUUGCUGCUAGAAAUUGCCACCGCACGGUGACUAAGAGAGAUAGAGAGAGAGGGUCAGAUGAGUCCAGAAAGAGAUGGCUGGAUCGCCCGGGGAGUUCAAGCGCCUUGCUCAAGGCAAUUGCUGUCUGUAGCUUAUCAGGGCAACUGGAACCACUCCAAGCAGCAAGUACGAAAAAGUGCUAAUUGUAAGCCCCCCAUUUCCAAAGGGGCUCUCUUUUCGUUACUCGAAAAUUGUAAUUCAUGCGUGCCAGCAGACGCCAAAGUUUCAACAGAACUCAGUCAAUCAUAACCAAAAACGAAUAAAAAAACAACAGGAACAAAAAGUGCCCAAGAACACUCCUCUUUGGCCUGAAAGAUGUCUGCACCUUCGGUUUGGGGAGUGUUUAUGUUUGCCCUCUGUCCAGGGGGAGAUCCCUCCUCCAAGUGCGUGCCACUCCGCAUGGAACGCUGAGCAAGUAGUGGCCACCAGAAGCCGAACCAUCAACACCCGCCUCGAUAAAACCGCAGGGAACGCACGAAAGCGGCUUAGUGUUAAAUAAAUUAUUUCAAUUUCGAAAAUAAAUAGACUAAUAUAACAGCUAAAAACAAAAAUUAUAAUAUAGACAAAAUGGAUUAGAGAAUUAAGCUCCUUAGAUCUGAUAAGUAAGCUUAAAAUUAUAAUUUCAUUUUACAACUUAACUGUGAA